CUAAAGCGCCUUUUUUCCCUCCCCUCUCCUCCGCUCCCUUCCCUCCCUCUUUCUACCGCGACAAAACCCCCAAAGCUUCGACUUUUUCUCCCUGGUUCGCGUCCUCUAUCUCGCCGUCGCCCUCAUCUCCUCUGUCGCGGCUCCAUUGCGAUUCUCCUUAUGGAAACGCCGGGCUACGAGGGCGGAAUCGGGGGGAAAAUCCGGCGGCGGCCGCUCCGGAGGGCCGCCGCGACGCCAUACGAUCGACCCCCCACCCCCGCCCGCGGUCUCGUGGUGCGGCCUUCGGAGCCCGGGUGGCUGUCGAAGCUCGUCGAUCCCGCGUCUCGGCUCAUCACCAGCAGCGCGUCCAAGCUCUUCUCCUGUGUGUUACGCAAGCGUCUCCCCGCGCCGUCGGUCGACGGAGCUCUAGGUGAAGAAGGCUUUCAAUCUGGACAAGAAGGUGCUGAAGCAGCUUUUGUUGAACUAUCAGCUGAAUUGCAGGAAAAUAAAGCUGACUGUGAAAAUAAUGCAACAAAUAAUUCUGACAGCAAUAAAGUUAUGGAGUUCGAACAACUUAUAAAGCAGAAGACUUUCACAAGGGAUCAGUUUGAGCAUUUGACAGGGAUACUGCAUUCAAGAACUCUUGAUUCAGAUUUGCCAAAACCUGACAAGAAAUUAGUUGAAAUGACUGUUCCCCUACCUGCAAAAGAUAUAGAAAGCUCCAGACCACACGAGGAUAUCACAACUCCUGCAAAUGUUCAAGCUAUCGACGAUCAAACUGCUUCACCAGUGGAACUUGCAAAAGCAUAUAUGGGUUCUAAAUUUCCAAGUGUAUCCCCUUCAUCUCUAAGGUGGCAUAGAAGACAUAUCUUCCAAGAGCAUAAAACAGUGCCAUGUAACUCAACCUAUGCAACAAAGCCAUUUGAUCUGAAAGGUCCACGAUCUGUUGUUCGAUUUUCUGGAUCUGCUGAGAUUCCUGAUAGUGUGACACCAACAUCUCAUGAUAUAUCAGCAAUGUAUGGAAUGUCCUGUUCUCCCUAUUAUAAGGGCGAGGGAUCUUCCAAAAAAGGCAAUGCUGGAUUAUUACCUUUCCAGACGCCAGAAACCACUAGGCAAUUAGGGGGCAGACAGGCGCUCAAACGGAGAAGUUCAGUAUUAGACGAUGAUUUUGGAUCUUAUGGGUCUAUACGCAGAAUUCGUCAGAAGGUAGCCACAAUGACUCCUUCGAAAAAAGUUAGGCAUCUGUUUCUUUCUGGAAAUCGUUGUCUUGUUCCCUCGACUCCAUUCAAGAAGGAUGUUCAAGAUGAUUCAUCACUGAAUCAAGAGCCUAAUUGCUUGGAUCAACAGCAAGGAGGCAACAGAAUAUCUGACAGUGCUGUUGCUUCUGUUUUACCUCAGUCAAAACAAAUUGAGAACAAAAUAUUCCAACAGCUAGAUAAGCUAGUGCCUUUAUCAAAGGAAAAAUCACCUAAAAUAAAGGAUUAUCCCCUGGAUGGAUCACCUGCUAAUAAGCAUGCAUUCUCAAAAGGCAUCAGUAAUUCUUCAUUUUAUAAACAAGAGACAGUUAAUGUCCUUGGGGAGAAUGGACCCUCAACUUCUAUUUCAGGAGUCAAAUCGGUACCUGAGGCUGAUACCAUGCAGAAGCCAGCUAUUAAGAUGAGCGCACCAGAGGAUACACAAGUGAAUAAUAUGGAUGCAUUGAUGGAUGAUCCUUCCUGUCAAUUGAAGAAUGGAGAUGAGCUGAAGAAGUCACCAGAGAAACCUGUCAGAUCUUCAGUAAUAAGAACAGAGGAGUUUCCUCCAAGGACAUCUGCAAGCAUACCUUCAUCUUCUUCUGACUUUUCCAAGGCAGCUGACGUGAAGCCUUUGAAUGAUAUUGUUGUCAAUAAUGGCAAGGGUUUCACUUUUCCUUUUGCGUCUGCCCCCAGUAUAUCUCAACCACCUUCAACACCUACAAUUGCAACCCCGUUGGCUGAGAAGACAGUGGCACAAAAAGGAGAAAGUGUUUUCCCCUUGUUUUCCUUUGGCUCCGAGGACUCUAAUAGAUUGGAGUUUUCAUCAGCCACAACCAUGGGCAGUUCUAAUGCCACUUCUGGCCUAAAACACAGCACAAGCAAUGCCACAACAUCAGCACUGAAGGGUUCAAAAUCAGGUAGAGUUGAAGGCCAGAUAACAGGAAAUUUGUCCAGAUCAGUUGGGCUUGUUGAUUCCUCGGAUAAAUCAACAAUGAACAAUUCUAUUGUAUUUUCUUUUGGCAAUUCCUGCAAUGAAAGCUUUCCUAAUGGUUCACUAAGUUCAUCUUCUACAUCUGCUUCAGUCAUGACACUUCCUGGAAGGACUGCUGGCUUGAUUUUCUCUACCACUGCUUCUGCCUUGGCCAGUUCCAGCAGUUCAUCUUCUUCAUCUGUGGCACAGAUUUUUUCCACUGUUCCCUCACUUCUGUUUGGGUCUACAUCUUCAAUGGUUUCUACCACAUCAGUGCCUCAAUCAUUAGCUGAAUCUAAUGCAACAAAUUUGGAAGGAUCACCAUUGAGCAUAAAUUGUGCCUCUCCAGGUGCAACUGCAAAUUUUAAAUUUGGAGGCAACUCUUCCACCAUACUGACAGCAGAUUACCAGUUCUCAAGAGCUGACAGCAACCCUGUUUUGGCAGCAUCAACUGUUCCGAGUAUUAGCAGUACUGUUUCUGCUGCAUCAACUCUGUUUUCAGGUUCCAACAGCAACCAGUCUGCUGUUGCACCAACAUCUACAUUUUCAGGUGCAAGCAACAGCAACCAGUCUGCUGUUGUGCCAACAUCAACAUUAUCAAGUGCAAGCAACAGCAGCCAGUCUGCUGUUGCUCCAACAUCGACAUUUUCAGGUGCAAGCAACAGCAAUUGCAAUCUUAGUUUAACACAGUCGAAUAGUUUGGUCUCAUCAGUUGUGGACAACGGUACCACGAUGUCUGGUAGUGUUACUGGAUUUAUUGGCAUCCAAGCAACUCAAGCUAAAAGUGGAACCUCACCUUUUUCCAAGAGUUCAGGAAGUCAGUUUGGGUCCUGUUCAUCUCCCACAUUUGGGAUGAAUGUUUCUUCGUCCUUUAGUCCAAGCGGCUCACAUUUUGGGGAAGCAACUACAAGUUCCAAGCCAUUCAGUUCGAGUUCUAUGUUUUCUUUUUCAGGAGGUGCUGGUUUUUCCAGCCUUGGUGCUUCCUCUUCCUUUGCACCGGCUGCAAGCUCCAGCAUAUUUGGUUCUACUUUUCAACCAUCAACAACGCCUGCCUUUGAUACUGUUGGUUCAUCUCCAUUUUCAGGACUUGCAUUUGGAGCUCCAACCUCUGGCAGUUCACCUUUUGUGUUUGGUUCAUCAUCACCACCAGUAUUCUCUUUCGGUUCUGCUGGUGCUAAUAGUUCAUCGAUCUCUUCUGCACGUACUGCAUUUGGCUCGCAAAACUCAGCUGUUGGUUUCAGCCCUGGAACUCCUGGAAAUGAUCAGAUGAACAUUAAGGAUAGCAUGGCCGAAGACCCCAACCAGUCAGCAGUUGGUACCAUUCCACCAUUUGGUCAACCAGACACUUCAUCCUCUUUACCAGUAUUUGGUGCUCCAGCGACUCAGUCUGCUUCGUCAGUGUUUCAGUUUGGUGGCCAACAGAAUUCCUCUCUUCCUCCAGGGCCUUCCCCAUUUCAAGCAGCUGGCAGUCAUGAGUUUCCUCAAGGAGGAAGCUUUUCUUUGGGUACUGGUGGUGGCGACAAGUCUGGCCGCAGAAUAGUGAGGGUUAAACGAGAUAGAUCACGAAAAAAAUAGCUUAUAUGUCCUACAACAGUGUUCUAAUUGCUUGUGGAGAAAAUCGAAGUCGCAUGCUGCUGCCUGGGCAAUUCUUGUUUGCUUUAUGUGCAGGUUUCUGGAGGCAAGAAUCAAGGCUUUAACAAUUGCUGGAUUUUAUAUCAAAGUUUGCCUUUGCAUUCUAAGCCAUCGGUCAAUUUCUCAGUUUUGGUCUACUUGUAGUGAUUGAUGAAUGUAGGGAUGUGCUUCUCCUCUCUUCCGUGUGUACUUUUAACUGUUGUAACAUAGAACUCGUGUGCUUCAUUUUGUAUGACUGGUGCAGUCAAAUGUGUUCCUUGAUGUCUUCAUCGAUGCUGGAGAAGAAUUUCUACCUCGAGAGUGAGCAAAAAAGAUUUAGACAAGCAAGAAUUUGGAUAAUUUAUGAGCCCAUGCUAGGUUCUUAUUAUUUAGAAUAUUUUUUCUAAUGUGAAGAUAAUGUAUAAAAUGGUUCUAUUACCUUUCUCUUUUUGA